GCUAGUCACCUAACAACCCUGUCAAUUUUCCUCGCACAGAUUCUGUGGACAGACCCUGUGGAAGCGUUUACAAUCUUUGAUUGUUGCAGUUAACUUGAUCAAUCGCGGCAUAAUGAAUACAAUCAGAUCAACUUGGUACUUCUUCCCCGCGAACUGACGGCUUGUCUUGGAUGAAGUUAGAGAGGUCAUAAUUUGACUACUGGCUAACAUUUACGCUUCUCUAGGUAUGGCUGGGGUAUGUUGUGUGUCGCCGGAGGUGGAGCCUACUACUUUGCGAAGAAGUCCAUCAACGCGGAUCGAGCAGCACGGUUCGAGGCAGAACAAACGAAACAAGCUCGACUGCGAAGAAUAGAAUCAUCCGUCUACAAGGAGCCGUCGUCCAAGUCAAAAGGCAAGGCCAAGGCCAAUUCUUACCCCGAAGUCCUCGAUCACGCCGGCAGUCCCAGCAGCGAAAUCAGUGAAGAGGUAGCCGCAGUCAGUCAUGCGCCUGUCACUGGAGAGCAACGUGUUCGUGAGAGGAGCAAGUACGAAGCCGCCGAGCCGUUCCGAGGAAAGAAAGGUGAUCGUUUUAGCUGAAAAAUGCAAGGCAUAGACGGCGUGGAACGGAAAGCAUGGCUGGAUAUUCUCAAAGGAGUUGCUCACUUCUGAUGCUGAGCAUCACAUCUUGAAACAUUGGCAUGUACAGAUGAUGGGCACAAAACCAAGAUAUCUGAUGAGUGCGCUCAACAUAUUCCUCUCUUCAACUGGAGUUUGGUGGAGGCUGGAGUCCUUUAUGCUGUAUACUAGUUUAUCAUUGAGCCCGACGACCAUCAAUGCAAGGGCUAUGCAGUUCCCAGAUACCCAAUCACCGUCAACGCCUGCUCGUGGGAAACCCUGCAUUCAAACAAACAAACAAUUUGUCACUGGAUCAGGCGUGGCUGCAUAAUGGUGCGUAGUGUUUUUUCGACGCGUUGGGAUGGCCCAAGUCUCGUUCCUUUUUCGAUUCGAUGGCG